GAGCUGCCCACAAGGUUGUAAAUCCCCAGUCUACAAGGAAGAAGGGAGAAACAGGGCGAGCGACUGAAGUGUGUGUGUGGCUGCAAUGUUUGUGGGUUUGAAGAGAAGCGAGAGCUGACUGAAGCAGAGAAGGAGGGGGUGGCUGGUGUGAUUUGUUUGGUGUUCCGAGCCAAUAGAAAUCCCAGUCUGUGAUAAUAUCCCCACGCUGCGCCGCGCCGAGAGGACUCAGUGCUGUCUCCAGCUCCUUCCACAUCUGCAGGCGCGGCCGGGACGCGCUCCGCCCUCUGCGCGCUCCGCUAGGCUCAGCUAGCUCUGCACACACCCGCGCCGCUUCCCGGGUCUCCUGCGGAACCAGGCUGCGGCCGCCCCAGGCGAUCCUGUGCACACCCCGCUGUGGUUCCUGUCUUUCACACAGAGGAGAGCAACAGGAAGACGCACCAGGGACUCCACGAGGAGACUUCCAUCCAGUCAUUGCAGCCCUGCAAGUGACUACUAAACAGUUUAGAAUAAACGGACAAAUUUCAUCUCCAGCAUAGAACUAUCCAAUACUAAAACUGUCACUAGGGACUCAAGGAUGUUCUGGAAGCUCUCGCUGACCUUGCUCCUCGUGGCUGUGCUGGUAAAGGUUGCUGAAGCCCGGAAGAACCGGCCUGCGGGCGCCAUUCCCUCACCGUACAAGGAUGGCAGCAGCAACAACUCGGAGAGAUGGCAUCACCAGAUCAAGGAGGUGCUGGCCUCCAGCCAGGAGGCCCUCGUGGUCACCGAGCGCAAGUACCUGAAGAGCGACUGGUGCAAGACGCAGCCACUGCGGCAGACCGUGAGCGAGGAGGGCUGCCGCAGCCGCACCAUUCUCAACCGCUUCUGCUAUGGCCAGUGCAACUCCUUCUACAUCCCGCGGCACGUGAAGAAGGAGGAGGACUCCUUCCAGUCCUGCGCCUUCUGCAAGCCCCAGCGCGUCACCUCCGUCAUCGUGGAGCUCGAGUGCCCCGGGCUCGACCCACCUUUCCGAAUCAAGAAAAUCCAGAAGGUGAAGCAUUGCCGGUGUAUGUCCGUGAACCUGAGUGACUCUGACAAGCAGUGAAGUCAGCAGGGCAAGAUGCAGCUCAACCCUGAGCGCCCUUGCCCCUGGGUCGCGCCACCGCCACUUCUGUCGAGCUCACUCACACUAUGCCCGGUGUCCCUGUCAGCCGCAAACGCAUCUCUUAGGGCUAACAGUGCCCUUGUCACAAAUGUGGACCGCAAGUCGAUAGUCGAUAUAUCCCAGAUCCACCCCGGGCUAUACUCGUGUCUUCAAAUCCAGGCUGUGGAUUGGGCACAGAAGAUGUUGGAAAACACUCUCAGAAACUAGACAGGACUUUUCAGGCGAUGCACUGUCAAUCGGGGAUUGACGUUUCCACCAUGUGGAAAAGCCAGCCUUUCCCUGGCCACAUCCUACACUCCAGAUCGACCCUCCCUUGGUGAAGAACGCACCACUAUUCUGUCGCAAACUUCCACUUCCGUGGGCCACCAGACCUCUGUGGUGUGGGCAUCCAUUCUUCUGAGCUGGGAGCUCCGGGCUUUGAGGCUGCUGUGAAGCCGGUAUGGGCAGCAUCCAUAACGGACAUGCUCACCCACAAGGGGUCUCCAAACAAACCUGAUACCUACAAGGACAAGGCAAGCUUAAUGGAUCAGGAAAUGACUUCCCUAGGAACUGUGCUCAGCACCCCUAGACACCACCACCUCUUUUCUUGCUCCUUCUAGCCCCCAUCUGUGGACUCAAGAUGAACUCUGGUGCACAUGCUCUUCCCUCUGCCAUUAGCCUGUCACCAGGCAAAAGGUCUCUGUGUUAAUGUCAGUUCUAUAAUUGAUCUAUUGUGUAAAAAGCUGUUCAAAGUAUUAUCGACCUAUUCCUGUAUCGACUCACAUGUUUGGACUCUGGCUUUGCAGCACCAUUCUUGAAUAGACGGUAGCACAGGGAGUGAGCUGUAAAAAAGGUAUUUUACUGAGAAAUACUACCGGGUCAGCAAUUCACUGCCACAUACUUUUUAUCAGAUUGAGAGGGGAGGAGGGACACGUCACGAUUUACAUACAUGAGUAUGACAUCACUGAGACACUAAAGCAUUGCAGCAUAGUGUGGAAACUGGGUUAGGACAGAUGGUGUAUCCAGGGGAGUCACUGGGAAGUGGUAACGCUUGAUGUACACAUGCGAAAUGAGACCUGGUACUGUCUUCACUGCCAUAACACUAAGCAAAAAAAUAUUUUCUAUUAAAAUUCUUUUAAGGAUAUAUGGGAUUGAGACACUUUGUGGCACAGGCAGACAUAAAAAGUACACAUAGAGGGUAGUAAUGUAGUUGAACUGUCGCUCAGAAAAUAGCUUCCUUUCCCAAGACUAGACUCCUAAAAAUACCAAGAAACCUUAGGUCACCCUUUGACUUUGUGACGAGUUGUGGAAGUCUCUGUAGUGUGGCCUUUGAUGGGAGGACAUUGAAAUAAUCUAUUUUCCUCCAACAUUACACUCAUGUUCAAUCUCUUUUGUGCAAUUGUCCCUGUGAAUGACAUGUAUGGAAUCUGACAAAUGUGAAGGAGAAGCCAUUGCUGGGGCUCAGAAUACAUCAACCUCUGGUUGGCCAAUUCUCAGUGCAAGCUCUUGCCCAAGAGUGGGUUUCCUCGUGUGUGAGAGAGACCAUCCGUUAGCUGCUCUGAGAUUCAGGCUUCUGGACACUCAAUGAUGAUGCUGGCUCUCCAGUUUGCUACCCAGAGAAGAGGAUUGGGGUAAGCUGGGGUAGGGUGUCUCAGGGACUCUCCUACCUGAGUCAGAAUGCAUGUUUUCUAGUUUAUUUACUUCUGCAACCCAGUAAACCCUAAGCCCAGCCUGUGUGGCUUUGAAUGGAAUAUUAACUUCAGAAAUGGGAGCAUAUAGCCUGAAAUCUGAAGAGAGAGAUGAGAAUAGGAAAACUGUAGAGGGCUGGAACCCCUCGGAUGAAGGCAAAAAGAGAAGAGGGUGCCCAAGAUCAGAGCGGAAGUUUUCACUUUGAGUAGAAAGCCUCAAGCUAGAGCCAGAGCAGACAUGCAGCAGAAAAGCUGUGAAGGACAUCCGAGUUUUCUUAAUGGAGGAUGAUGAAGUAGAACAAGAGGGGAGAGGAGGAGAGUCUCACACCCAGCUGCAAAGCCAGCCUAUAUAAUUUUAGUAACAGGACCCAUACAAGUAGAGGAAGAGUUGAGCUAGCAACCCACAAAGUAUACACGUUAGCACUCUUUUUGAUCCUAGUCAUGGGUGUACCCAUGAAAGCAAUAUGACAUGCUGUGGUCUGAGGCUACUUCUGGGGUUAUUGUAUGUAUGAUGUUUACCUUCGAGUGGCUCAAAUUGUAUUUAAAUUUUGUCUUGUUUAUAAAUGAAGAAAAGCUAUAA